CCGGUCACGUUGCUGUGUGUUUACGCCUUGCCUGGCUGGCUGCUCUGCGCUCCCCGGCAGCCUGCGGCUUGCAACCCCGUCCGCGGCGCUGGGGAGGGCGGCGGGGGGCGACCCGGGCCCGGCUCCGCCAUGGAGACCGCCGCUUCUUGGCCAGUGCGCCGGGAGGAGAUCUAGGGCAGAAGGAAAAGAGGGGCUGGGGGAAGGGGGGGGGUUGCAUUGCGCCCCCCCAUCUGAGGAUUUUUGGGGGGGUGGGUUGGGGAUGCGGGUGAACGCUGGGAGGUUGCCCUGGCUUUUCUAAGCCUCCACCCCUCCAUCAAGCUUCGCCCUUGUCCAGCUGCUGUGCAAGACCUCCCUUGAUGACACCCUGCAGCUGCCAGCACGUUCUCCUCUCGCCCCCCCAGGCUUGGACUGUUAAUUUUGUUGCGAUGGAGACUUUGUCCCUGGAGCACCAGAUCCAGAGCGUGCAACGACAUAUCACCUUCCUGAAGAAGGAACAGAUGGAACUGCUCCAUGACCUGCACCUCGAGAUCCUCCGAUUGCAAAAGCAUUGCACAGAUCUGACCCAUGACCUUGAGACAAAGGAACUGGAAACUCACCAGCAAGAUGACAUUGAUCGGGAACUGGAGGAGAAGUGCAAGCUCAUGGAAGCCCAGCUGCAUGAGAAGGAGAAGGAUAAUCUGGAGCUGAGGAAGGAGCUCAGACAUAAGGAGACCCUGGUGUCCGCACUGAGAUGCAACCUCAGGAACAAGGAGAGGAAAUUCCUUGAGGAGCUGAAGAGACGAAGCCACCGGGUGACUAUCCUUAACACGGAGCUGCAGAAGCAGACGGAGGCUGCUGCUUAUCUCUCCUUCCAGCUGCAUGCCACCAAACAGAAACUGCAUAGCUCCCGGCAAGGUGGCAAGCCCUCCUCCGACAGGCCUCCAGACAAACCAUUCCCUAUGCAGCCUUCCAGUGAGACGAGGCCCAAAAAACGAAUCCACAAGUCUCAUGUUCGGAGGCUGGUGACCGACUGCUCCUGUAGCAAGGGAGUCAUCAAGGACUCCUUCCAGAGGGAGAGGAUGAGCAGCUUCGAAGAGGCAGACCCCAUGCCCGACCCAGCACUUUUUUUAUACACUAAAAGGCACCAUGCUCCCCAUCGGCAGAAAUUUGACCCCAAAGCCCAGGCCCUUAGCAGAGCAGGGGCUGAUCCGACUGACAGUGCUGCUGGGGGCUCAAGUCUGCCGAGACCCUCCUGUCUUCAUUCCCAGGAGCAAGCAGAAGGUACUAGCACCAGGCCUUCAGCCAAACCCAAGCCCUCGAAGGGUGAGAAAGGCAAACAGCAUGGAUCCAGCCCCAGGAAUUCAAAGGGCUUGGAGUAAAAACAAAGAAAGUGGAACAGUGUGGCUGCUAAAUGCAGAAAAUGAGUUUGGCUAUACCAAAAAAGAGACUGCGGCCUACAAAGAUUUCUUCCCCACCAUUCCAUCAAGAAGUAAAAUACUGUUCAGUUUGGAUUCCCUAAAGGAGCUAGAAACAAUCUGCCUCGUCUAAUAUCUCCAUUUAGGAUGACCAUGGAAUGGCUGUCUUAUCCCAAGGGAUGGUGGGGCAGGUGAGCGGGAGGGCAAGCAGUGCUGAGGGCAUUUUAAAUGUUGUCCUGGAGUUGACUCCAAGAGAAGAUGGGCACAGAUGUGGAACGUGGAGAGAAGGUUCGAGCAUGGAGGGAAUGGUUAUUAACAAUUGUCUAGAGCUUCCCUUUCGUAAAAAUUAAGAUUUCUGAGACUAAAAUCUCUUACCGUUAUUGUUAUCAUUGUUCCUUCUAGGUAAAACUGUUCUUAUUUUCAUUGGCACUAGGUAGUGGUGGAGGGUGGCGGGGGUGGGGGGAAUGGCAGAAUUGCACAUAAAGCCGUUCACUGAUGGUGAAUGUGGCAGGAUGUGCCAAACUCAUCUUUGGUUCUAACUUUAUGACAUCACUGGAGUUGGGACAGGAUGAAUUUGGCCCAAAAUGUCUAAUAUAAGGUAUUCCAGGUUCUGGAGAAUGUCGGCAGUUGAAUGACAAUCGGUCAAUUUAGUCUAAGAAGGAUUUUUAAAUCAUCUGCAGAAACAGUAUGGCCAAGCCAGUCAAGUCUGAAAUAGUCACUCAACAAUGCUGAAAUUCAUAUUUUCACCCAAAUUCCUCCUUUUUAAUAAUUAUGCAAAACUGAAUGGACAAGAUUUUGAAACGUGACCAUUGAUUUUGGGCACCUCUAUUUUUGGGGUGCCCAGCAUGAGAUAUCUCAACGGGGUUUGAUUUUUCAGAAGCUGAUCUGAAAACCAGGCCCAUUUAAGUUAUCUCUAGGUGGGCACUCAAAGUCAAUAGUCAUUUUUAAUAACCUUGGCCAAUACUUUUGUUUUGCAUGUUAUUACAGCAGGUUUUCUAAAUGUGUCUUAGUUACUCCACAUUCCAGGCAGAGUUCUCUAGUAAUCAUUGUCUGUUACUACUCUGCUUAGACACCAGGAUUUUGUUUUUAAGUUAAGUUACUAAGCAUGCAAUAGUGCCCCACUGAAGUCCUGCUCAGAAGACUAAGUAACCAAAUUAGCAGUGAGCUACUUGAGGAUGAGAUCUCAUACAUUGCAAACAUUUUGUGGCAGAGCCAACCACUCGUUUCUUCUGUAAUACUGAAGGGAAGUGAUAAGGAAAACACAAAUCUGUCUUCUUUGGGGCUUGAGCCCCAUCUUUCUAGAUAGCUACUUGCAUGGUCCUCAAUACUGUGGUAUCUGAGUACCUUCCAGUCACAACACCCCAGGGAGGUAUGGAAGUGCUAUUCUGGUCCCCAUUUAACAGAUGGAGAUCCCAGGCACAGGGUAGAUGAAGUGACUUAUCCCAGUUCACCCAGGAAGUUGGAAGCUGAGUCAGAAAUGGAACCCAGGGCUUCUGAGUCCCAGCCUAGUGCCCUAACGACAUCAUUAUCCCCUCCUCCCCCACUAAGCCCAUUAGCGUCAAUAGGAGCAUUUCCAUUGAUUCAGUGGGCUUUGGGUCACACCCUUGAAGAGUUCUUAUGCACAUGAUGGUUAUGAUUGUUGAAGCACACUAAGAUGGGUGUUGCAUUGCUAAGCUAUUUGUGCCCACUGGGAGGCACAAAGCUGUGAGUGGGGUCCUACCUGAGAAGUUGUCCAAUAACACAUGUCUUAGAGCAUCUGUCGCUAUUGUACUAUAAUCCUUCUAUUUAUUUACAAGCUAUAUUUUCAAAAAGAAAUUCAGAAGUAUCUUUUGGUUGGUUGAUUUUGUUAGGCUAUGAAAAUGUAUAGAAGGAAAAAGAAGCAACAAGAGAUAACCAGAACCAAAGACAGGGCCAGAUUCCCAAUUAGGCACAGUAGGCAUGUGCCUAGGCGUGCCAGCGAUCUAGGGACACUUUAGCUUUCUAAAACUGUGUGCAACACGAAGGUCAGCUGUAGGGGCGGAGGGAGGGGGGCACUGAAGGUGCUGUGCCUAGGGGUACAUAAGGUGUCAAUCCAGUCCUGAUCAAAGGGUCUAAAACUGGCCCUUUGUUGAAGAGGUGAGAUCAUCUGAUUUUUCUCUUGGACCUUCCAGAAAUUAUUGUCAUCUUCCAUGGUCCCUCUGACCCUACUGCUUCAACAACCCCAGACCCACAGAGGCUCCUAUUCUGCCCUGUGGACCUUCUAUGGUCACUUCUUGAUUCCCAAGACUCUUCAGGAGCUGGAGCCUUCUUGUUCGCUCACUGACCCCUUAUGGUAUUAUCCUUGGACCCCACUGAAUCUCUGGUACUUUUCAACAGCUCCCUCAGUCCUCAGGUGUGUCACUUCACCCAUUCAACACUACCUAACUUCAGAACAAAAGGCAUGAAUAAGCUGAAGGCUUUAGCCUCCAAUAUAAAGCUCCAAAAUCUAUGAUGAGCCUUUAGCAUCCUGCAACAGCUUAACAAUUAGAGGAAAGAAAAAUUAUUGUGAAGAUUAGACAGAGAACCGAGUUCUGAUUUUAGGACUUCAGUGGAUGCUCGGCACCUUGCAGGAUCUUCUGUUACUCUGCAGUAACUGAGAGCAAAAUUUUGACCCAUGUGGUUUUUGACUACCUGUUCUAACCAAUUAGCUUUUUUUUUUUCUACACUCUCCUUUCUAUUGGCUGCUGGAAGUGUGGCUAAGUUAGUGGCUCUGACUGUGUCUUACCAGUGCACAAAUACAUGUCUGGGUUAAAUAUUACAAACAGCAAACCAGUCACUUGCUGUUUAGAUAUUUAGGGACACAUUUGCAAACACAACCCACUAAAACUGGGCACUUUUUUUUUUUUUUUUUUUUUGCAGGCAUGGCUGUUUGUGUAUGCAUGUGUGAAUAUCUGGUAACCAGGGCUAAAAUGCCAGACCUAUUAAAAUCAAUGGAAAUUUGUCCAUUGACCUCAUUAGGGCCAGGAUUUCAUCCCACAUAUCCAGCUAGCUACUCAAUUUGCAUGUGAAUAUAGGUGCCUAUAGGAAAAUAAUGCAGACUCCAUUUUUCCAAAGCCAGCUCUUAGAAAAUCUGGUCCUAAUUGACCAGCCCUAAUUCCCAAUAAUUUGAGGUCGCUCAUGUAGUGCUCAUGCAUAUACAAAGGUAUCUAUUUUUGAAGUGCAAUAUUUAUACAUUAUAUUAAAAUACUUUUAUCAGAUUCUAAGUAACAAUUACUAGCCCAACUUUUUGAAUUAUAAAAAUAAAAUUAAGAAUAGAAGAUUUAUUCUACUGAGGCAGAAAAUUGCAUUUUUGUACUUUUUCUUUGAAAGAGAAGAUUAUCUGUUCCUUUAAAUCUUUCCUUGCCCUCUAUGGGAUAUGUGUUCUUGACCUGUGUUCUUUAAACACAGUUUUGAAUUCAGUAUGAAAUGCCAUGGCUUCAUCUGUGAAGACCUCUGUAUAGCGCAGGACUGGUUUAUCAAUUAAGCCCUAAGGGCCAGAUUCACUAAGGUAUUUAGCGCCCAAAGAUGUAAAUAGGUCCCAAGUGUGAUUUUCAAAAGUGCCUAAGCCUGUUAAGCGCCUAAAUCCCCUUGAUUUCCAUGACAGAUGCCUGCUUUUGAAUGUCACACAAGGUCCCUAUCUGCACUUUGAAAAUCUGUCCCUAAAUGUCUGACCACUUCCAAAGCAAAAAACAGAAGGAUGUAGGAAAAAGAUACAGAGCUGCCCCUCUUAGGCUAUGUCUACACUGCAAUCAGAGAUGUGACUGCAGCAUGAGCUGGAAUAGCAACACUAGCUUCAAUCUAGCUAGCGCAGCUACAAAUAGCAGUGUAGAUGCCGUGGCACGGGCUUCAGUGCAGACUGUACAAGCACGCCAGGGACACUGGGUGUGUACUUUCAUUGAUAGCCUAUGCUGGAGCCCAUACCGCUACGUCUUCCCUGCUCGUUGUAGCCAGGCUAGCUAGACAAAAGGGAGCGGGGCUCUGCCAGCACAUGCUGCAGGCACACCUCUGACUGCAUGAGCUGCCAACGGGCAGGAGUAGUACAGUUAUCCAGGCAUUUCAGGGCCCUUUACUAGAUUGCAAGCUGCCUUCUGUUUUUGAGAAACAGCUCAUUAGACUCCUUCUAUUGACUCACUACACUGAAGUAAUGGACUGUCAUUUUAGAUUCCAGUCCAGUGCUGUUCAAAGCUGGCGUUGUGCAGCAUGUGUCCGCUGUAAUCAUUACACUGGGCAUAGCUGCUUCUUCUGCCAGCAAAGCUACUGGGGCCAUUUAUUUCUCCUGACAGCCGGACUUUCUGGCAUGAACAGGGCAUCCUGUUUGAAUCUUGCCUCCUCUUCAAGAUCGCCUUCCCCUAUAUUUUCUAAUCACUGCUCUGCUCCUGCUUGGUCCCUGGAGGUGUCAGUGAGCUGUUGAAUUAGUGACAACCCGUGCUGCGAGUUUACACCUGGCAAAGGAAUAAAAUGAGGCUUAACUAGGGGUGUGAGGAAGGAAGAAAUAAUCCAGGGUGAUUAUCUCAUCUUAUUUAUUGCGCUAGCCAAGCAGCUAGUGAGAGGAGAUCUGUAACUGUAUGUUGCAAUGGGCAUGCUAACACUCACCCUGAAAUGUAGGAGGGAAGGGUGGGAUCCACAGAGGAACUCGGGCAUUGUAGCUCCUAAUUUUUAAGCACCUAUAAAAUCCAGGAAAAACACCCUGCUCGACUUUGUCAUCUCGGCUCCCUGUACAGUGAAUGGGGAGAAAGGCGCCUAAGGAUGAGAUCCACAAAAGCCAGCCUGCUAGGCGGGGAGCUGCCUAAGCUAGCCAGUGGGAAGUGCUGAGGAUGGGUGUGUCCUAAAUUCAAUGCCCACCUCUGCUGGGUGAGGAGGAGGGGAGAAAGGAUCCCAUUUCUCAGAGGACUUCUGACGUCAGGCUCCCUUCUGUGGAAGCUGUUCCACUGUGGAUCCAUAAUCAAAGAGGGUUGGAGCAGGGGGACAGGACUCGGGGUUUCCUGCUUCCCAGGUGGGUGCUGCAACCACUGGGAUAUAAUUCGCCCUCUGUCUGACCCAAUGACUGUUCCACAGUAGAUAAAUACUAAACCAGUCAGUGGGCCAGAGAGAGGGAAUGACUCUGCAGCCCAGUAGGGCCCAGUGGUUAGCCUCCAGGCUCAGGCCCUACAGGUGACUUUGGUGGGGAAACACCUAUCUUGCCCUGGUUCCAGAUUGCCCUGGGGCUUAGGUGGGAGACAGGCACCCGGCUGCCUAGAGAGAGGCAGCAAUGCAGAAGCAAAAACCUAGGCACCUAGGGAGUCGGGGACUUUUACCCUGCCCUGCAAAAAUUAGGCAUCAAGUAAGUUCAGGUGCCUACCAGAUUCAGUGGGAGUUUUGUGGAGCCAACCCCAGGAUUUAGGCACCUAAGUGUUUCCAUGGAUCCCACUCUAAGUGAUCCCCGCAUUACUGAGAGGAGAGUCCAGCUCAGUUACGCCACUGGAAUUGUACCAAAUGAAUUAGUUCGUGUUGAAAGAAAAAAAAAAUCACACAAGCUGCUUCAGUUAGGACUUCUGGGAGGCAGCUUCAGUGAAGUCCAGUGGAGCUACACCCCUUUACACCAGCUGAGGAUCUGGCCCCAACAAUGGUGUGUCAUCAGUGCACGCUUGCUUGGGAGACUGGGGCUACUAUAAUGCUCAUUUUGCUGGACACAAUUCUCUUGUUUGUUAAGCUUCUCAUCAACUCGUGGCUAAAACUGCCUCAGAAGCCCAGGCAAAGAGGUCUGUGGAAAAAUCAGGAGCAUUUAUACUAGACAUCCAGGUUAUUAACAAGAGAAAAAUAUGCACACUUAAAGGGACACCUACUUUAUGGGUCCAGUUUUCCUAUAACGCUAUGAUGAGAUGCUCUGUUGUCUGUUUCUCUUAAGGAUGACUAAAAAGAGAAGGCCCUCUGCUGGCAAAGCAAUGUAAUACGAUUUCUACCGCACAGUGAGCACAGAUUGUUCACUAUCCUGCUCUGAUGACACAAUCUGCGGGAGAGCGGUGAAAGCAAUAAGCAAUUUGCAUUGCACUGUGCAAGUUAUAGCUGUGGAAACGCAGUAUCCCUUCGACUUGAUUAAGAUUUGAACCUCACCUUUGUAAAUGGUUAUUUCUCUCAGGUUCACAGAGGUUCUGCUGAGAACAUUCUUUCUUUGUGUGUGUGGGGAGGGGGAGGUUAAUACCAGAGGAGCUAAUAAAUUCACUGUGCACUGUUUCAGUUGGGUUUUAUUUUAGUUGUGAUUUGCAUGGCUUCUCUUUUCAUUUCUGGACAAUCCUAAAGAGCAGACUCAGCUAAAUGUUUAUCAAAUCAUUGAUGCAGAGAUUGUAGCGGACUUCAGUAUAAAAAAGAGAGAGGAGUCCAAUAGUUCUCUUUUGUAAAUAAUUUCCUACCAAUCAUCUAUUUCUCAGUGGCUGGUAUGUAAAUGGAACAACUCCAUCCAAGCUGUAGGAGCCUUCCUGCUUUACUGAUAAUUAUGGGCUCGUUCAAGGAGUUUAUUUUAUUUCCAGCUCUCUUCAACUAUUCUUCCCCUGCCCUGCUUCCUGCCCACAUCUUCCCUUUAGCUCUGCAUGCAAGCUACUCGUACUCUGAAGCCAAGUGGCCGUAUGCCUCGCCAGCAGGUAUCACUGCAACCUUGCAAAAUCCUGAUCAGAGAUUACACGGAGGUGGCAGGGGGGAGGGUAUAAAUAGGGUGACCAGAUAGCAAGUGUGAAAAAUUGGGACGGGGUGGGGGGUAGUAAGGGCCUAUAUAAGAAAAAGCCCCAAAUAUUGGGACUGGCCCUAUAAAAUCAGGACAUCUGGUCACCCUCGGUAUAAAUGCCAUUAGCCAAAAGAACAAACAUACAAAAUGCAUGCAAUAUUGGGCCUGAUCCUGACCUUGCUUAGACCAUUGUAACCCCAUUGAUGUCGAUGGCAUUACUUCUGAUUUGCACCAGUGCAACUGAGGAGGAGGAGCAAGGACCGUGUUUUUGAUGAGCCAUAGACAAGACAGAGGAGCUAAAUGGAGCACUUUCUAUUCCUAUGAGCUAAAUCCUGAAGCCCCUACUCAAUGUUCAUUCACUCAUGCCUCUGGCAAAGCUCCUGCUGACAUCACUAAGGGUUUCACUGAAGGGUUUCUUUCAUUAAAAACCGAGGGCUAGAUUGUAAUGCCCACUCAGGUGGGCAAGAUCCCACUUGCCAUGAUUAAGGAUAUUGCAAUCUAGCCCUGAGUAAGGACAUCAGGAUUUGCCCUUUAUUAAUAAUGUCGUUUGAAGUUAGUUGUAAGGGCCAGACCCUGCAGCCCCUUAUGUGGGAAUUCUUGCCUACGAGCUUGCAGGAUAAGCCCCUAAACUUUGUUAUUGGCCUUUUUAUUCAUAGCUGUGUUUUUGUGGGGAGGCUAUAUAUAAAUAUAUAUUUAGUUUUGAAGAGAAAACACUAAGAUCGAAGCAGAUACGUUGAAAAGAAUCUAUGGUUUUUUAAUCUUUGUAUUUAUAUAAAUGAUCAAAAAUGAAAGUCAGCGGUCCCACUUUUUAAUCUGAAGCGUAAUGUCAGACACAGAGAGUCCAAAGGAAUAACACACACCCAAUGAAACACGUAUGUUUUCUAACUACUGUUGAUGGAUGAGCGUGUUUGUAGACUCUCUAGUGUCUGAGUGUAAAUUAACUAUCAGAAUGUAAGAUAUAUAUUAAAAAAGGAGAUUUGUACAGUGCAUUUAUCCAGCACUUUCACAGACUCCCUGUGAGUCAGAAAGGAUAAAUAGAAAUUAUAUCUAUACUGUAUAUCUCUAUAUGUAGGGGCACAUAUCAGGGAGUGUAAGAAUUGAAAUCUACAUGCUUUGUAUAAUAUGUUUAAUGUUGACUUGUAAAGCUUCACAACUAGAUUGGAAAUGGACGCAUAGCAAUAACACUCUGUUGUUAAAUGGAUGUCUUGUAUAUACAUGUGCUGGGAACUUUCUAUAUACAGCCUAACAGUCAUGUGACUUUCCUUUCCAUUUUAAACUGUAUUUUUUGUUCUGGAACUGUACAAUGGCCUAAGGGGUUUUGUUUUGUUUUUGAAUUUUUAAUUCAUAAUGCUCUCUGCCAAUGAGAAAUUUCAUCGCCUAGGAUUACACCCACUGAACUGUAACCUAGCAGCUGGGAUGGGGAGAGAGAGGAUAUCGUUACAUUGCUUGCUUAUAUUGUUCCCAUGUUCCAAAACGUGUCUGGAAUCUGGCCAUACUGACUGAACCAAAAUGCAAAUGGUUUCAGUCACUGAUUUACUGAAAACGUCUCCUAUUUUUUUGCCAAGGCAAGUUGGUAGGGAAAUUUUCCCCACUGGCAUAAAUAUUUAAAAAGCCAUAUUCUCUGAAUUGGUCAAGAGAUGCUGCUAGACUUUGCAUAAGCCCAAUGCAUUUGGUAGGUCUAACAUAAGGGCCACUGGUUUAUAACAUUCCCCUCUCCCAUCCAAGAUUAAAAGUGUGAUUGUAAGUCUAUGUCUAUGUUAUUCAGAAUAGUGACUCUGAAAAUGACCUUGUGAGGUUGCCCACUCCCUCGGUGACAUAUAUCAAUGGUGAAAUCCUGACUCCAUUAGGUUUGGCCAUUGACUCCAAUGGAUUCAGGGUUUCACACACACACACACACACACCCCGCAAUCUGCUCACUUUACAAGGUUCACACCACCACAUGCACACAGAGUCUAGGACCUGAAAAAAUCAAGCCGUGCUCUUUCUGCCUCUCACGACAGCUGCAGCAAAGAUUGCAACUUAGCCAACAAUUCUGCUGAACAUGCGUGAGGCAGAAUAGAACCCAGAUGACUCGCCCACAGCCGAAUUGGCACUACAGGGCUAAGAAGAGCAAAAACUUGUUAACAGUGAGCAGAUCUGACUCCAGCACACAGGAGACUGGUAUUAAAGUGCCCUUUUACCGAGUCACUUCUUCUGAGGAUGGGCCCAGAGUCACUGCCCUUCGCCUGGUUAGAAACCCAGUGGCAGGGUGAAAGUAAACACUGCCUGCCUUCCACUAGCCUAAAUUCCCAUAUGACAGUGUAGCUGGCAUGGAGGGUAGUCAAGUGUGAGCAACUAGGUAUCCUUAAGGUCCCUUCUUCUGUAAACCACUAGCAAACAGCACCCAUGAGUAUCAGAACUCCCAUAGACUUCAGCGGGAGUUUUGCCGGAGACAAGGUCAAUGGCUUAUUGUAAACUGCCACGUUAAAAACAAAGCCAGAUGACAGCGCAGCAGAUGUGUGUGGCCUACAGGUAACUGUGAGGUUUUUGGGGAGCAAAAGAUAGUUACUUGGGCAAACUGAAAUGUGAUUCAGCAGCUAUUUUGCUGCUGGGUCCUGGUCGGCAGACUGGAGGCACAAGGACACUGAGUGCUUUGCCCAAGGUAGUUCAGAGAUUCAGUCAUUUAAUCAAAUUAGAAACCAGGAGGACUCUCCUGACUCGGAGUCCUGUUAUUGACAACCCUAGCUCGUGCUUCGUGCUUGAUCCAGUGCAGGCUGCUCCAGCACAUCUCAUUGUAAGAACGAUGCCGUCUCUUUAGUGCAUGUCUGUUCUUGUCACUGUCUCUGCUUGCACUGCCAUGAAGCCUGACUGCCAAGUCCCACGGGGAGGAGGAGAGGGAGGGAUGGCCUUAGAUUCACAGGUUGCUUCACUCACUCUGGAUAACAUCUGGAUAAUAUUGGCAUGUUGUGAUUUCGCCUUCAUGGGUGGGACCCAGACUGGGUAACUGAGAGAAAUCCCAGACAUGCUUUUUGCUACUUACUUGCAUCAAAAAGUACCUGUAUUUCUAAAGGUCCAUUAAAAAUCCCGUAGGCCUCAUGUACUGUAUGAAAGCAUGAAGAUAAAAGUGCCGCUUUGCCACACUAGUGAGAACCUGCCCUCUUCAACCUUUGCUCCCAAUUGCCAAGUUUGUUCUUUUGUUCCCUCUCUGCAUGAGCUGCCCUUUUGGCUGACACUGGCAAGGCACUAACUGCAUGUCAGCAUAAAGAGUCCCAGGGCUCUGCUACGCUGUCUGGAGACAUUCUACCAAAGCAGAGGCGAGUACCCUUACACCAAUCCAAAAAAAAAACUAAACUAGGACCCCCCCCCCCCCCCCAAAACUGCAUUCCCAGUGGAAAGGGGAAUGCUGCUGGGAAACCAAACCCAGAAGCAGGGGUAGAGGUAACUCGACAAAGUUUCCCAGGAGCUUUGGAAGAUAAAUAUCACUUGAUCUAGUAAAUCCUACCUUAAUCCACUCCUGAGAGACAUUUGGGACGCUCAAAUUGCACAUGCAUGCCUAGAAGAAAAGUGAAAUCUAGGUCAAAAUGCUCAUUGAACAUUCGCAGCACUAAGGGGUGCAGGUAAAGGCUCCUCCUCGUCUUUUCUGCAUUAAAUAUUACUGAUACAAUAUUUUUUUAAAAGAUGCACUUUCCCUUUAUUAUAUUUACAAUGAUAACAAAACCAAAGCAGCAUUAGGACAGGGACACCCCAGAAAUUCUACAGGUUUGAAAAAAAGAAGCCCUCUCUAACUGCCUGGUCUGUCCUUUGAGGCGCUACUGAGUUCCAAACCAAUGGAAGUUGAGGGUGCUCUGCACCUCCUAGGAGUUACUCAGCAUCUUUCAGAAUUAAUCCCCAAAUUUGCUCUUAGGCUUCACGGUAGCGCGGGUUGGUAGGGUGGAUCACGCAACACGUACUCCCCUGCAGAAUCCUUAUUCACCCAAGUGAGGUCCUGCACAGAGGACGAAUUGCACAGUUCUGUGAGCUGCCUAUAUGGCCUGCUAUGGGAAACCAUUACAAUGGGACAGAAACCAAAGGUUUGAUACUGUUCUAUCCGAAUGUUCAAUUUAUUACAGGACAAUAUUAUUUACAGCAAAAGAGGGGGCAACGAGGUACGUUGUUGCUGACAGUGCUUUUCAAGAUGUAUUCUCUGCAUACCCACAAACUAAAAUAUGAACUUGUACUGUAGAUGUCAUUGUAAUAUGCCUUUUUAUUAAUAAAGGACUCA